GGUUGUGUUGUGCAAAUGUGUUACGACCUGUGUCCUGUGUGACGUCAGUUCACCGAAAGCAGUCAAAUGGCGCGGUAACGAAGCCCGUUUACCCAAAAAAUAAUAAAAAAAAAUAACAACAAAAACGUUUCGUGUGUGUUUGUAUUUAUGUAGUGUUCCCUCGGGAUUCCUGCCGUGUUAUGGCCAAUUAUUACCAGAUACACCAUGAAGUUGAUCUAUUCAAAAAAGAGGCAGAUUCAGACGUCGAUUUAAGCGGCAACGAGGACUCUGACGAUUCAUCGGCAGGUGCUGAAGAUUACCAACUACAAGGCAAAUACAAAAAAUUACUGAACAAGGGCCGGUGGAGUAAAGAAGAGGAUGCCUUAUUGAAACAAUACGUUGAAGAAUACAACGCGAAAUGGGACGUGAUCGCCGAACAUUUCCCAGAUAGAUCGGACGUCCAGUGCCAACAAAGAUGGACGAAAGUGGUGAAUCCCGAGCUGGUCAAGGGGCCUUGGACCAAAGAAGAAGACGAAAAAGUGAUCGAGCUGGUGAACAAAUACGGCGCUAAAAAAUGGACCCUAAUCGCCCGCCAUUUAAAGGGGCGCAUAGGCAAACAAUGUAGGGAACGUUGGCACAAUCAUCUGAAUCCGAAAAUCAAAAAAUCGGCGUGGACUGAGCAGGAGGACGAAAUCAUUUAUCAGGCCCACCAGGUGUUGGGUAACCAGUGGGCUAGGAUCGCUAAACUGUUACCCGGCCGGACCGAUAACGCCAUUAAGAACCACUGGAAUUCGACGAUGAGGAGGCGAUACGAGAACAUCGACGGCAGGAAAAACAAAAAGAAAAGCCAGCAACGGAAGCAGGUGGAUGUGAGCAGUCUUACUAAGCUGUCCCACUCGGGAUUCGUUAAUAAGCAGCAGGAUAAUAUCAACACUUUGUAUAAUAAUGAAGAUUGGGUCGACGUAUACGACCAAGGUAGCAACCAGUCCAGCGUCUCGAUGGGCGCUCCUAGCCCCCUAGAAAGACUGCAGCCCUCGCCUGUCACUUGCCAGGUGGUGGCGAACAACAUCGCUGAGACACACAGCUACGCCCGUAGCUAUCCUCCGAGUCAGCCUUCGCCUGUCAAACUGACCCCCAUGAAUGAAGAUGCCAUUAACGAUUUCGACAUGGACAAGUUCGACAAGUUCUAUAAUGCGCCGACGGUCAUUAGUCCGUUGAAGGUCAACAGUAGGAAUAUUAAGUCAAUUUUGGAGCCCCAAACGUACCAAACCCUAACUUCGAGUACCGCUUCGUCCCACCAACCGCCCCGCGCCUCCACCCCGCCGAUACUGCGAAGGGGGGCACGCGCUCGCAGGAGACGAGACAGCGAAGAACACAACAAACAGGAAGAGAACUUGUACCUGAACCAGCAACCGGGCCCCAGCCAAAUAACCAGGGACGACCUCAGUCAGAUGCUCGAGGGGGCCAAACCGACGAUUUUCAGCCCCCUACGGACAAACUUGGGUUCUCCGAUUAAGCAGCUGCCCUUCAGUCCAUCGCAGUUUUUAAAUAGUCCCGCCAUGGCUCACAUUAGCUUCGAUGUGGCGCUUAGUUCGACCCCGAAGAAGCUGCCAAUUGUCAGUAGUGCCAAGGCUGAGACUCCCAGACAGCAGCUUCGGGAACACAGUCCCCUAAGCACCCCAAGAGGACUUCACUCGCUGAAAACUGACUCUGCAGGUCCUUCCACCUCUGAAGUCAGUACGCCGAGUACGCGUCUUUACUUGAACGGCGACACGCCCCGCACUCCCACACCCUUUAAAAAGGCACUGGCCGAUCUGGAAAAGAAAUCUGGACCGAUAACAAAUCUGCCUGACACGCCCUCGUCCAGACUGGAAGACAUCACAGAAAUCAUGAAGAAGGAUCAGGACAGUCAGUAUGAGACCGACACGAGCACAGUAACUUCUUCGGCUAUGAACGACAGCGGCUACUUAACGGGCAAAAGAAAAGCCAGCAACGGCUUAGCCGACGGCAAAGAAAACGUUCUUCCUAACAAGAGGGUGAGGAAAGCGCUCGCGCCCUCUUGGGCCUCCACCUCCAUGUCCUCGUGCAUCUCUUCCGACAUGUCUUUCGCCGUUGAGACACCCAGUAAAACGUUAGGAGACGACACAUCGAUACUCUUCUCGACGCCUCCCUCACUAAUUAAGGAUUCUCUCGGAGUUUCGGCCUUGGAAUAUGCCGCGCCAUCCGGCGGAAUGUCUAAGCUUGCUUCAAACAGGCAGUCUGGAAGCGCGCCCCGCUCCACUGCGGCCAAGCGAAUCACUUUCGAGGAGGCACAACCCAAUAAAGCUCCCAAGAUUGACAGAUUAUGGGCGGCCAUCGCUUUCGGACGUACCCAGGACCAGCUGGACCUCACCGAGAAGGCGCACAGAUUUUUAAAAAGUAACGGAUUAAAACCAAGAUCGCUUUUAUUUUAAUUUUUUUUAUAUAUUUAUGUUAGUGUAAAUGUCUAAGUUGCAAUAUUUACUUUAAAGGAUUCCUUAUGCAUGUAAGAGUUCCGCCUUUGUGUCACGUCAUUUACAGUAUUAAGUUGUCUAGUUUCGUAGCCUUUUCAGGUUAAAUAUGACAAUAUUUAAUCUCCUCUUUAAGAAUGCGUGUAAUUAUUUAAGGAGGAAGUAUCUAAUUGUCGUUAACUGUAAAUAGUUUUAAUAGAUUGUUGAUCAUUUUUUAAAAACAGGGUGGUGAAAUAACGGUUUAAUGGCCAGGGCCGAGCCUAGGGUAUUUGCCGCCCGGGUGCAAGAGCUAAUUUUGCCGCCCCUUCUGCAGUGAUUUUUAUUAAAAGUGUUUUAAAAAAUGCUCUUAUCAAAGUACAACGUUUAAAAAAAAGGGUGUAAUAAAAAAAUCAUAUUGAAUUAAAUUCUAAACACACAUAUAUUAAUUAAUAUAUCAAUAUUAUCUAUACAAAAAAUAUCCAUAAAAGCAUAUAUUAUUUACUUAUAUAAGUAUUUAUAUAUUAAUAUGUAAUUACAUCGAUAUAAACACCUAAAGAAAAUAUAUUUUACUUACAUACUAAUUUAAAGAAAUUAAAAAAAAGUAAUUUGAACCCUGGUUUAAAUGCUAGCAUUUACUUUUCUUGCCUUUUUAUAUGCAAAUACCCUAAUUAGGUCGGUAACAUCUAAAUUAGAAACAAUGUCUUCCUUAAUACUUAUUAUUGAUAAAUUUGAUAGUCUUGAUUGGCUCAUUGUGGAUCUUAAGUAGUUUUUUAUUAAUUUUAGUUUGGAAAAUGAGCGUUCCCCAUGAGCUACAGUGACUGGCAUUGUUAAAAAUAUUCUUAAAGCUACGAAUAAAUUUGGAAGUAUGCCUUUUAAAUCGUUAGCAACCAGAUAUAUUAAUAUUUCUUUGGCCGAGAAAAUAUUUCUAUCAUUAAUGUAAAUUGAUAAUAUGUCGAUUUCAUUAUAGAGGUCCAAUCCAUUUAUGUCCAUAUUUUUUGUUUCAGGGUCAGUUAAUUUAGCUUCUAAAUUCUUACAAUAGGGCAUUAUUUCGGGUUUGGAAAAUGCUUUCAAAUUGUUUAAAAAACCAAAUAAUUCAAUAGGUUUUUGUAAAUCGUGAAAUCUCUCAUCCAAUUUUGAAGUUGAAAUAUCGAGAAUAUUAAAAAAAAAAUUACUUUAAAAUUUAUUUCUGGAGAUUGGAUUGGCUCAUCCUUGUGUUCAUAAUCAAAAAACGUUUUUUUUCCUUGGUCUUAUUGAGUGAAUGGCUGGAAAGGAAAUUUCGGCGUCUACUUCUUCCGCAAUUUUCUUAGAUUCAUUUAUCAUGUCUAAAAACCCGUUUUCCGAUCUCAUUUGUGUCAAAAAUAAUUUGAUUUCUUUUAGCAUCUGUACAGCUUCUGCUAAAAUAACAUUAGACUUUUGCAGUGUUUUGCUUACUAUAUUAAUUUUUGCCAAAAUGUUGUACCAAAUAACUAACGAACAAAUAAAUUUAAAUGAUUUUAUUUUAUUUAUUAGGGACAUUGCAAUAUUCUUUGUUUCAUUAUCUCUGCUUUCAUCAUUAAAAAGCGUAAACAGAGCAUCAUACACUUUUUCUAACUCAAAUCUAAGAGUUUUUAUUGCCUCAAUACGGCUUUCCCAGCGGGUAUCCAAUAAGGGCUUUAGUGUUAGCCUGGACAGCUCUUUUAAGAGAGCAUUCCAUCUGUAAGUUGAGGCCGAAAAAAAGACAUAUAUUUCCUGAAUAAUGCUAAAAAAAUUAGUUACUUCUAGAGAGCUUUUUGCUGCAUCAUUAACUACUAAAUUUAAACUAUGGGCGGCACAGGGUACAAAAAAGGCUCUAGGAUUAAUAUUUAAAAUUUUUUUUUGUAGGCCAUUGUGCUUGCCUUUCAUGUUUGCUCCGUUGUCAUAGCCCUGACCUCUCAUAUCGGCAAUAUCAAUAUCCAGUUCUUUUAAAUAAUUUAAUAAAAAAUCUGUUACCCCUGACCAGUAGUGUUUGUAACUUUACAAAAUCCUAACAAAUGUUCUCAAAUUUCUAUACUUUUAGAACAAUCAUCAAUAAAUCUAACAAAAAUGGUAAUUUGUUCUUGGUGACUAACGUCAGGUGUACAGUCAAGAAUGAUUGAGAAAUAUUUGCAUAAUUUUAAACAUUCAACAAUACACUUUUUUACUUUUUCUCCUAUUAAAAAAAUCAAUUCAUUUUGUAUUUUAUCUCCCAAAUAAUGCGACAUUUUGUUCCCAUCUUUUUGGACUCUAUCAAUAUGUUCGGCCAUUACAGAAUCAAAUUUUGCAAUCGUCUCAAUUAAUUUCAAAAAAUUACCGUUACCCUUAUCAAAUAGUCUUUGACUGUUAUCCCUAAAAGCUAAAUUUUGUCCAGCUAAAAACUGGAUAACAGAUAAUAUUCUCUCUAAAAUCGAAGUCCAUCUUUUUUUUUCCAUUUGAAAUAAAUUUUGAUUGAUAGAGUCCACAGUUAAACCUUUUUCUAUUGAUUUUUUUAAUUCAAGCCAUUUCCUAACACUUUCAAAAUGCCCCUUACUGGUUUCGUGUCUUUCUAAAGUCCGAGAUAAAUAUCGCCAGUCACUAUAGCCAUUAUCAGAAACUUUAAAUAAUUUACAAGGUAAACAGUACACUGAAUCUUUAGAUUUUGAGUAAAUAAGCCAGGUUUUAGGAACUUUUUCAUUGUUAGUUAUUUUUUUUUUCAAAGUAAGCAGCGCUAAAACAUCUAUUUAAAUUAUUAAUGGGAUAAUUAAUAUUUUUAAUUUGAACAGGUCCUAUUCCUAAAAUCAAUAAUCUAAUAUUAUCCGUUAAUAUUUUGGGCCAAUAUUCUGGAUCUGUAAAUCGUUCUUCAUUUACCUGAAUAGCUUCAAUGUUCUCAGUUUGCGUAUUUGCUGGCGUAUUCGUCGAGUGACCAUCUUGUUUCAGUUCAUCUCCUGAUGGUUGUUGAUCUCCAUCAUUUUGUUGUUCUACAUCGGCAUCGGUUUCAGUUGACGUCAAAGGUUGAACAUCCGGCCUUUGGCUUGUUGAAGGUUGAGGUUGUGCCGGUUGUGGGUUCGUUGAUGACGCAAAAAAUUUUUUUAACGAAUCUGCUAACCUCCUGUCAUCUUCCUCCUUUUCUAGCUUCCUUUUUCGGUAUUGGGGACCAGAAAGCCUCUUUCGACCAUCAGCCAUCUAAAUCAACAAAUAUUUUUUUUAGAAUUGGCACAAAAAUCAGACAUUACUUUUUUCAAUGAAAAAUUGCUUAAGGCAUGAAGUUCUAAAUAUUUGGAAGAUAUUAAUAAAAUAUUUUAAACUUACCUUUAACAACACAAACACAAUUUUUAUAUAAAAUGUAUUAAAAAUAAACACUAAUCGACAAGUCGCUUUAAAACUCGCAAAUUAAAAUAAAUUAAAAACAAAAGGGUGGGAAUUUCUAAACAUUACACCCCCGCUUAUUUCUGCAGCUCCAAAAUACAUAUUAUUUAUUACCCAAAAGUAUUGAAAUUCCGCAAGAAAUAAAUUUCGAGAAAUUACUAUUGGUGGUAUUUUACGCGGCUCUUUUAAUUACGCCGCCCUUAUAACAUCAUCAGCACCGCUUUGGCUGAACCCACCAUAAUUGCGGUGCUAUUGUUUUUAUUACCUGGUCCUUGUACCUAUUUAUUUAUCUAUAUAGAUUAUUAUUAUUAUUAUUAUGGCAACGAUUCGGGGAACAAUGCUCGGUUUCAGUAAACAUUGUAUUCUGUUGGCGCCUUAAUUAUAAGUUUUAAAUUUUAUAAAUUUUUGUUAUUCAUAUUUUUUUUUUCAUUACUUGGCGCUUUUUUAUUUUAUUUUUCGGAUAUUUUGCCGCCCCAAAUGAGCGCCGCCCGGGUGCGGCGCACCCCUUGCACCCCCGGCACGGCUCGGCCCUGUUAAUGGCACACAAACACUGCUAAACUAUGGUAUUGCUGUGUCAACAUGUUACUAAUGUAAGAAACGUAGCUGUAGGAUGGCAUAUUUUAUUAUGCGUCUUUAGUGUACUUAACACACUUCAAUAAUUCUGGUUCGUCACAUUAUGUUAUAAUGGACAUGUGUCCAAAUGUUUAGUUUUCAAGGUGUCGACUAUAGCAUCACUUAUACUGUGUUUUUAUUGAAUAAGAUAUUAGGACAUUAUAAAUAACAUAUUGAAACUAAGCCAGUGCCACAAAACUCUUUACGUCAUCAAAGAUGUCGAUAAAGGAGUCAAAUCAAUGUAUACUUGCAGUGGAAAAUAUGUAGGCCUUUUCCUGUAUUUUCACAUCUGCCAUUCUUGUCAACCUUUAAACGAAAUUGAUCCAAGGUCACUUGAAUUAUUUUUUGUUAAUUAAUUCAGAUCAAUUUUUAUUCAUUAAUCAGACUUUUUUAUAUUUAGGCAAUAAUUUUUAUUAUAGGCAAAUAACAUAAAUAAUGCCAAGCGUCACUUCGGAAAAUAUUAUACAUAUGUACAUAUGCACAGCAUCAGUUAACAACUUGUGACAAAUUUUGCAUAUUCUUCUUCCUUCUAAAGAGUUUCCAGGUUACUAUGUUAAUGGUAAUUAAGGAAUGUUUCGGGUAAGAGUACGUACUUAAUAAAUAAUCCUUUAUUUCAGACACAAAAACAAAACCUUAUCAAAGCCUCUAUAUUAGUAAUUGUUCACGCGUAACUUGCAGUUUACCACAGGACCACCAGAUGUAAAAUUACACUUUUUUUAUGGACAUGACUCAAAAUAUUCCAUUUCUAAAAUAUCUAUAAGUACAUAGACAUAAUAAAAACGAAAACCUAGCUAAAGACAUGGUACUCGUACAAAAGCCAAAAACUAAAAUUUUCAAUGAUUUCAAAUAUUCUAUAUAGAAAAAUUAAAUAAAAUACUAGCUUAGUAUUCUCAAUACUGUCUCAUUCAAAGAAAGUUUUUAAAUAUUCCCUUGCUUCUUACAAAUAAAAAACACAUUUACUUCCAAAAAGAAACUUUGUUUAAUAAAACCUUGUAAGAAACAAAAAUUAUAGCAAUCCAGGACAUUUUUAGAACUCAUUAACUUCGAUGGUCACCUAAUUUUAGUCAAGAUUGAUGACGGUUUUCCGGAAUUAUAACAAAUUAAAAAAAAUAUAUAUAUAAAAAACUUCUUGCUAAUUAGAUAUUAACACACUUUUUAACCUGGAAAAUAGAAUAAUGUAGUAAAUAUGUCAACAACUCGCCUCAAAUUAAUAAGGCAACAAAUUAUUAAUGAUUUUACGGACUUGGUGAAAACCUGGUUGUCAACGCCGCUGCGUGAUUCUUAAAAGAACCGGGCAUUUCGAUCUUAAACUGUCAGGUUUAUACUGAAAUAAAUUGCAAUAUUAAACGCCUACAGGGAAACUAUUUUACUUUUACAUUUAAAACUGUGAAAUACGAAUUCUUCUAUGUAACUGGGCGUUAGAAUCAUAACUAUUCGUUUGGUGGAAAUAUCUCAAUUUUUGGAGAUACGGAUGUUUUUCUUAGUAGGGGCUAUAUGAAAUAGAACAAUUGAUUGUAUUAUAAACUAUAAACUUAUUCGCAUGACAAAAACUAUAUAAAAUGAUACCUAGGUUUUAAGGUGGUGUUCCGAUCUUAUUGACUUUAUGCAACGUCCCGGUUUCUACAAUUCUGCAAUAUCCCAGUUCUAAAGAAUGAGCAACGAUAUGUGUUUCCGGUAAUGACAAAAUCUUUCCAAGUCUUCCGAGAGUAAACAAGAAUACAAUAUUGUCCGUAUUAUUAAGAUAUCCUUGACAAUUUAAAUAAGCUCUGAAGGAAUGAUAAUCAGCAUCUAAGUGAUAUUUUGUACAUAUGUAUAUUUUAAAAGUUUUUAUAAUGUUGCCUAUCUUUUAAAAUCACAAAAUAAUGUUAUUUUUUAUUUCGUAUUUUUGAUUUGCCACAACAUAAUAAAUAAAUACAUUUAUGCUUAUCGGUACUCACUCCUUUACGUCUUACUUUACCUUUUUGUACGCCACUACAUGAUUUUAUAUUCUACGAUAAUUGUUUUCUAUCCAGCAAUGAUUAGUCAAUUAAUAUCUACUACGUAUAGUUUUCUGUUCUAUAGUCUACCUAGUUUUCUGAGUAAUUUUAUUGAUUUUAUGCUCACCCACUUAUAUUACUUUUAUUCUGUUCUUAACGUUAAACAGUAUCUUCUCCCAAUUUUGACUGUUUGGCUAACUAACCUUUCAUUAUUUUUUUUUUAAUUACCACAAUACAAAAUAAGGCCAAUAGACAUCCUAUAACCUAUGAUUGUAGUUUUGACAUUACUUUUUUGUUGGACCACGAAAAUAUUACUAUUUGUUUUUGAAACUUUUAGACUGCCUAGUUUUUAGGCUACUGAUAAUGAACAUUGUCAGACUAGCUAUUUCUUUCUUAUGUUCAUUAUUUUCUGUUAAUUAUAAUUGUAAGCCUCCUUAAGUUCGUUACGCAAGAAGUUGGUUUAUACAAUCCCGAGGUUUGUAUAAUCGAGUAACAACAGUAAGUUGGCAGCAAACAAAUCCUUGCUCUACUUUGCAUCUGGUUCUGGUCAACUUACAGAAAUUAAAAUACAGUACAAUCUCGAUUUCAUAACAAAAUGUAAACAAAAAUAAUGUAAGUGGAUAAACGGUUUAAAUUUUGGACCAACUCUUUAGAAUUAUACCUGAGUAUCGAAACUUUUAAAAUCUGACACAGUCCUAUGUUUUAAAAUUUCCUAAAGCAAUCCAUGAAACUCAUAGGCAGCAUAUGCUCCCUAUAUUUUUUAUGCGUCCCAUCUAUUGACGCAAAGGCACACCUUCAUUUUGCGUUAACAUAAUUAUAUAGAUAUAUAUUUUUCCCUUGAAAAGUAGAAAACCUUUUAGUUCAGGGCUACAAAGGUCUCUAAAUGUACUUAGGUAUCCUUACCCACUAAGGCUAAGGGUAUAGACAUUUGCUUAUCUUCAGCAAAAUAGUGGGCUUCCAAUAUCCAAUAUACUCUGGCAGAGAACCAACUGUGGUCCUAAAAUCCAUUUGUUACUGAUGGAUAAUGUCCCUUGCCUCGCCAUCAUUGCUUGCACUUUCACCUUGCCUUCUGGCAUUAUGUAUUAUCAACAUUCAUCUUGCUACGCCAAACAUGUAACGCUAACAAAUAUUUGAAUCAGAACCGACACCACUUUAGAUCCCAUGAUUUAUUAUUGUAUGUACUGCUCGAUCCGAUCCUGUACACAUACGAGCACUUUACUGGACCAUUCGCUCACUACGGCUGCCGAGGAGCUUCCAAUUUCUUUCUUGUCCAUCUUCUCUUGAUCAAUCUGGGGACAAAAAUACUUUGUUGUCCGUGUGUCUUCUGUACAGCUCAUACUAUUGGGUCGCCAGUAAAUUACUUUUUCCUAUUACACGGAUUUUUUUUUUGAAAGAUUGUAUACGAUUAAUGCUUGACGCUUCUAGCAUACCUUAUUACCGAUAUACCGAUUUAGGCGGAAUUAUUACUUGUAAACCCUCCCAUCGACAGUAAAAGGUUUUCGGUUAAAAAUCUUUGACUGGGAAGAGUAGAGCUCCAGUUUCCUUGUUGUUUAUUUUAUAAUUUUUUAGUGUUGAUACUUUUUCUUCGACAAAAUUCUAAAAAAAAUCGCAAAAUAUAGACUCUGACACAUUGUCAUAGUAACAUAGGCAAGUGGCCAGACUUUCUCUUAUUAACUUUAUGUUUCUCCUUAUUCCAAACCAUUCUAAGCAGAACCUGUUAAAGCCUUUUAAAUCCGACCUUUAAAUGUUCCUGUUAUUGUCAUCAAGACUAAAUUAUAGUCAUAUAUUUAAAUCUUACAGAGGCGUCCUAAUUUCGUAACUUUGGCUCAGUAAAACGCAAUUAAAUGUUAAAUAACUUCUUGAUCACCAAAACACACCGUAUAUCUUGUCAUGAAUCCAUAAUUUUGCCACCCUACAUAUACUUAGGUUAAGUUUAUUUAGCCUUUUAUAGAUUGAAAAAAUAAGUACAAAAUAUAAGCAUAGGUUGUAUGUGUUGGGUUUGUACGCUAGUUUAAAAUUAAGUUAAAUAUUUUAUAUGUUUGUAAUUAUAUUGUCAAGCUUUAAAAGCCAUAAUUUUUCAUGUUUUAUUUGUAAUUAUAUACGCACGCAGAUUUUUUAAAUAAAUAGACUUUAUAAAACAA